UUGCUCCUUCUCUUCCUUGUUUCUUUCUUCUCAGUCUCUCUGUACCUUGGAUUUUUCUCAGAGGUUUUCUCGGGGAACAACACAUCUGAGAAGAGAAGAUUCGAGAGAGAGAGAGAGAGAGAGAGAGAGAUCUGAUUCGCGUGGCCUCUGAUGGGAACGCUUCAGACAUGGCGAAGAGCUUAUGGAGCUUUAAAGGACACCACCAAAGUCGGCCUUGUCCGAGUCAACAGCGACUACGCCGAUAUAGAUGUUGCCAUAGUCAAAGCUACUAACCAUGUCGAGUGUCCUCCCAAAGACCGGCAUCUCAGGAAAAUUUUCGUUGCAACAUCAGCAACUCGGCCUCGAGCAGAUGUUGCUUACUGCAUUCACAAGCUUUCCCGGCGAUUGCACAAAACCAGAAAUUGGACGGUUGCACUAAAAGGACUGCUUGUUUUACACCGGCUUCUAAGGGAGGGUGAUCCUACAUUUAGAGAAGAGCUAUCGAAUUUUUCUCAAAAAGGACGCUUCCUGCAACUUUCUAAUUUCAAGGAUGACUCAAGCACAAUCGCUUGGGAUUGUUCAGCUUGGGUACGCGCUUACGCAUUAUUUCUCGAGGAACGGCUUCAAUGCUUCAGAGUUCUAAAAUAUGACACUGAAGCUGAACGUCUUCCUAAACUUUCCCCUGGGCAGGAGAAGGGGUAUAGCAGAACAAGGGGUAUAGAUGGUGAAAAACUCUUGGAACAGUUACCAGCAUUACAGCAGCUUUUACAUCGUCUCAUUGGUUGUAAGCCAGAAGGCGCUGCUAACCACAAUCAUAUCAUACAGUAUGCACUCGCUCUGGUGCUAAAGGAGAGCUUUAAAGUUUAUUGUGCCAUCAAUGAAGGAAUCAUCAAUCUAGUAGAAAAGUUUUUUGAAAUGCCAAGACAAGAUGCCAUCAAGGCCCUUGGAAUAUACAAGCGCGCGGGUGUUCAGGCUGGAAACCUUUCUGAUUUCUAUGAAGUAUGCAAAGGAUUAGAACUUGCAAGGAAUUUCCAGUUUCCAGUUUUAAGAGAGCCUCCGCAAUCUUUUCUUACAACUAUGGAGGAGUAUAUGAGAGACGCACCUCAAAUGGUGGACGUCUCAUCUGGGCCACUGCUUCUGACUUAUGGGCCGGAUGAGGGGCUUUCUGGUGAAGGUAUUGAACCUUCGGAUGCAGAACAUGAACCAUCAUUUCCUUCAGAUAGUACUAUUAUUCCCUUUGAAGAGACACAACCUUCUCUCCAACCUCCUGCUUCAGCGGAAACUCCACAGAAUAUGAUUGAUACAGAUGAUCUAUUGGGUCUGAACAAUGAUGCACCUGAUCCAUUAGAAAUCCUGGACCAAAAUGCACUUGCUUUGGCAUUGGUUUCUACUGAUGUUGAAUCGUCGAUGUUUGGUUUUGGUCAAGCAAGAGCCUUGGAUCCGUCAGGAUGGGAGCUUGCGUUGGUCACAACACCUAGCAAUGAUAUAACCGCAGCCACGGAGAGGCAAUUGGCGGGUGGUUUAGACACGCUCACCCUGAACAGCUUAUAUGAGGAUGGAGCCUUCAGAGCUGCCCAACCUUACGGCGAUCCAGCUCCCAAUCCAUUCGAGGCCCAAGACCCAUUUGCAUUUUCUGACAACGUUGUACCACCUUCAGCCGAAAGCAACCCAUUUGGUCCCUACCACCAGCCAACCUAUCAGCAACAUCUUGAGGUUGCACCAACAAGCGCUGCAAAUCCUUUUGGUGAUUUUGGGGAAUUUCCAGCACUCCCGGUUUCAGAACUCCAGAUCUCCACCGGUUUUGUGGAAUUUCCAGUAGUAGCGGUUUCAGAACCGCAAAAGACCACCGGUUUUGUGGAAUUUCCAGCACCGACUGUUUCAGAACCGCAAAAGACCAGGUUUGGGGAAUUUCCAUCACUCACGGUUUUAGAACCGCAAAAGACCACCCGUUUUGGGGAAUUUCCAACACUCGCGGUUCCAGAACCGCCAAAGACCACCGAUUUUGGGGAAUUUCCAACACUGACGGUUUCAGAACCACAAAUGACCACCGGUUUUGGGGAACUUCCAACACUUGCGGUUCCAGAACCCCAAUUCCCCACCGGUUUUGGGGAAUUUCCAGUAGUCGCGGUUUCAGAACCGCAAAAGACCAUCGGUUUUGGAGAAUCUACCAUAGUCACGGUUUCAGAAGCCCAAAAACCAACCGGUUUUGGGGAGUUCUCGGCUAAUGCAGGUAUUCCGCAGCAGCAUAACAGCAACCCUUUCGGCGACACUGGAGUCUUGUGAUCGCAUUCGCAUCAUCAUAAAUGCGUCAUCGUCUUAAAUGAUUCUAUUGAUUUUGAGUUAUAGAAUGUGUAGAGUAAGACCCUUCCUGGGUGAAUAUAUAAAUGUAAAAUUGUUUUUCUCUUUGGUGGGAAAGAAAGAAAGAAAUAAAGUAUUUGCGGUGCAUUUUUACCA